GCAAAGAUACACCUUGACCCAUGGGCGUUCAUUUAAAUCGACAUUUAGCUGUUUGUCAUCAGCUGAGCGCUAUCACCCCAGUCGGUCAGCACGCAACGCGCCAGUUGUAAAGUCGCUCCUGUGGAGUCUGAAAUCAACAUGGAAGACAACAAGGGACGCACUACCGUCUCCACCUCUACUAAUACGAGUAACCAGUUUACUUAUACAUCUAUGAGCCUCGAUGAUAAUCAACCGAACAAAGUGGCAGACGACAAAAUUAAACCACAGCACUUCACGACGGAGAAAGACAAAGGUGGUAAUACGUUUGAUGUCAUAAAGAUUGCUGUCAUCAGAGAUGCGGAUUGCUCUUGCUGCCCGUCAUGUUGUCACAAAAUACCUUUAGAUUGGAGUAAAGAAAUAAAAGAACUGCUUAAACUGGCAUGGCCCUCGAUGAUCACCUUCUUCUUGACAUUGAUGUUGUCAAUGGUCAGUAUUAUUUUCUGCGGUCACCUUGGCGACUAUGAGUUGGGAGGAGUUGCAAUUGGACAGUCUAUUGUAUCCGUGGUUGGUGUCUGUGUUGGUAAUGGUAUGGCUACAGCUUGUGACACUUUGUUUUCUCAGACUUUUGGAAGUAAAAACAAGAAGCGAGUAGGUCUCGUCCUGCAGCAGAGUUUUAUCAUAAUGGGCCUACUGAUUCUGCCAGUUUGGGGAGUAUUAGUCAACACUGGGUUCUUCUUGCAUACGUUUGGAAUAGAACCACGAAUUACCAGACUGGCUGGUAUCUUUGUCAAUAAUCUCUUGCCUGGUCUACCGGCUGUGUAUAUUUAUAUUGUAUUGAGUAAGUUUCUGCAAUGUCAGAGUAUUGUCCUGCCAAUUGUGGUAGUUGCUGCUAUCGCUAAUGUCAUCAAUAUCCCGCUACACUACAUACUAAUAUUUUCAGCAAAUCUUGGCGUUCGGGGUGCUGCCAUUGCACAGGUGUUGUCUCACUGGGUCUUGGCUAUCAUACUUGCCGUAUACAUCUGGAAACGAAGAUUACAUGCAUCAACGUGGCCAGGUUGGUCACUCAAAUGUUUGUAUGAUUGGAGUAGUUUUACCCGUCUUGGUGCAGCUGGUAUAUUCUUGGUAUGUCUGGAAAUGUGGGCAUUGGAGUUUGGAGUCAUUCUCUCAGGUGCUGUUGGAGAGUAUGCACUAGCAACUCAGGGUAUUGUAUAUCAACUCGCACUCAUCACGUUUGUGUUUCCAUAUGGUAUGUCACUGGCUGCCAAUGUGAGAGUCGGCAAUGCACUUGGUGCUCUUGAACGUGACAGAGCCAAGACAAUCACUAAAGUCUCUCUCAUCUGUACAUGGAUUGGUGCUGUAAUUAUUGCAGUUCUGUAUUUAGCAAUUAAAACUGUGGUUGGAUGGGCAUUCACUGAUGAUCAGGAUGUAGUUGAUAUGGUCAGCUCUGUACUGCCACUGGUGGCGCUGUUCCAGUUUUUUGACUCCACAGCUGCUUGUUGUGCGGGUGUGAUGAGAGGAUGCGGUCUGCAACGUCUUGGAGCUUUUCUGGAUGCAAUUGGAUACUAUUUUGUGGGAUUUCCAGUUGGUAUAACUUUGAUGUUUGUGGUCAUGAUGGGAAUACAUGGUCUGUGGUGGGGCUAUACAAUAGCUGCUAUAGUUCAAGGAAUCAUAUUCCUUAUAGCUAUUUAUAGAAUUAACUGGGAUAGGCAAGAACAUAAGGCCCAGAUAAGAGCUGGUAUGCGCAAGAAGACCAAAGCUAGAAUUGUGACGUUCACUGAAACAAAAACCGUUCAGUCAUCAUCGCCUAUUAACAUAACUUACAAUCCAGUAAACAACGAAAUCAAUAAUGAACCAGUAGAUGAAGAUGAAAUGGAUCUGUUGAAAGAUCCCGAAGACAGCACUUCGCCGCAAGCCGGUAACACCCAAGAAUUCAAACUAAGCAUUGAAAUCAUCCUGCGUAGAAUCGCUGUCCUUAUCCUGGUACUUGCUCUCUUCAUUAUUGGUAUCGUGGGGUCGCAGGUAUUAACGGUUUCGUACGAUGAAUUGAUAGUUAUGACAACUUUCACACCAAAUGUAACGAGUACAAAAAUGGUUUACCCGUGAAAAUAAUUAUUACAAAUUAUGUAAGUUAGACUAACGGUUACUGCCUUGGUGUAAUAUUCUGACAACUAAUGAGGCUUUACCUAAAAUAAAUAUUAGGGUAAUAUUUUUAUACAUUUUUCAGUUUUUAUAUUCAAUUUUGAUUACACAUAAUAGAGGGUAUAAUGUGUUUUUCAUUAUUUUUAUGCAUUUAAAGUGUGGCCAAAAAAAGGAAAACAAUGGACAAUUGAAAUUAUUUUUUGUUCCUGCUUGAUGGAAAUACUUUAUUCAGUUGAUUUAUAAUUAUAAUCUUUGCAAUGGAAGCAUAUUUUUUUGUGUAAUGUCUAAUUUACCUCAUUUAAAGUCACAACUCAAAACCAAAUCUGUUUUUGUACAGUCCAGUCACUGUUUAGCAUAUAUGAAUGUCUGUUGCACUAAUUAACACUAUUUUUUUCAAUAGGUAAAGUUCAUGUGCAAACUAACAAUACUAUGCAUUUCAAGUGUAAAUAAUAGAAACGUUACCAUGGUUACUUCAAUACAUAGAUAUGGUAAAUGCCAUGUUAAUACCUGAAUACAACAUAGGCCCACUGCAAUGUAUAUUUCAUAACAAAUAUUUUAACUUUUUUAACCUAUUAUAUAUUUUUUUUCUGAAUGUUAUCAUUCGCUUGAAAGGGAGAACUACCUCAUGCAAAGCCAUAUCAAAUCAACAGUUUGUUUGCCAGGCUUUCUUUUUGUAAUGCUGUAUUGUCACAG